AUGAUCCGCCCGGCUACGCCAGGAACACUCCUGACGCUGGUCGCCGCCAUCCUGCUCGGCCUCGUCACCAUCUCCACUCCCAUCAUCAAGUCCAUCUACUUCCUGGAAGCCACGAUCGGUGGUCGCGGCUCCCAGAAUGGUCAGGUCGCUCGUUUCGGCACGCUUGGCUACUGCAUCGGCGACACCUGCAGCAACUCCAUGCUCGGCUAUUCGUUCGAUCCCAACCAGCUCCUCGGUAUUGAAGUCAUCUCGGGCAGAUACACCACCGCCGUCAUCAAGGGCCUCACCUACACUCUCAUCCUCCAUCCCAUCGCCCUCGCCUUUGCUGCCGUUUCGGUGCUGCUCGGCCUCAUCUCACACUGCCGCGAGCUCUCCACCAACUGCUUCGGCACCUUUGUCACCGGCAUCGGCGCUUUCAUUACCCUCGUCGCCUUUGGCCUCGACCUCGCCCUCUUCAUCAUUGCAAAGAAGCGCAUCAACUCGAUCAACGGCGCCUCCGCAGAGCUUGGCAUGGCCAUCUGGAUGACCUUGGCAGCCUGGAUCCUCAUGUUCCUCGCAGGAUGCGCCUUCAGCUGCGGCAUCUGCAGCAGGAGGAAGCGCAACCGCGUCAAGGACUCGCACCUGCCUCCCGACACCUACGGAGCCAGACCCGCCGCUCCCAUGCAGGACCGCUACGCCGAGCAGAUGCGCAUGGAUGCGCUCGACGCCGAAGCGGACAGGAAGCGCAGGCAGGCGACGCUCGACAGGAACCGACGCGACGAUCUGCCCAAGUUUGCCGAGUACGAGACCGAGCACGAGGUGCCGCUCAAGAACGAUUACGACGACGGCGCCUACCACAACGGAGCCAGCCAGCACCAACCCGGCCUCGCCUACUCGACCAACAGCAACAUCGCUCGUGCCGGUGCCGCGGGCGCCGGUCUAGCCGCCAGUGGCUCCGUCAUCAACGGCGUCGGCCAGGGCUACGGUAGGAGGCAGGCGCAGGCAAGUCGCACCGAGGACUUUUCGAGCUCCCCACCCAUGCUCAACAACUCGGCUGGUUACGGUGCACACAACCUUCAGGCGCAGAGGCAAGCUUCGAUCACGUCGCCCACUCACACCGAACCCACCUACGUGCCUGGUGUCGGCCCUCAGCCGUACCGCGACGGCCUCGACAGCCAAGGCCAUGGCUCAUCGCUCACACCGGCGCCCCGCUCGUAUUCACAGAUCGCAUCUCCGCCGCCCACCAACGACUAUGCCCAGCAGAGCCAGUACCCUUCGCAACACCAGCAGCAGCCGCAGUACGACUCGUACGGCAAUAUGGUCCCCUCAGCCAUGCCCGUGCCGGGUGGCAGCCAGUUCAGCCAAUCAGGUGCACGCCGUCAGCCCACGGGCGAGUACGGCCACCCCACGGAAUAUUCAGGCGCCACCUUUGGGCCUUCAUCUGGCUUCCAUGACAGUGGGUCUCGCAUGCGCGGGCCACGGGACCUGCCUUCCAUCCCGCAACACGAGACAGCCGAGCCGCAGGAGAUCGUUUAUGAUAAUACGGGAUCGGCGGCGGAUCGGCGUCAGGGUACGGUCGACGAUGGAUUUGGGCUGGCGUCGAAUGCGCACGGCUCGCACCAGCAGCACGAACAGGCCGGGUACGACAACUAUGCAUCGUCGGCCUACGACCACCAGUCGCAGUCGCAGCAGUAUCACUCGUACCAUCCCUCGUCGGCGGGUGCGAACGACGGUGCAGCGAGAGAAGGCACCUCAGCUGCCCAGUACGGAGAUGGAAGUCAGUACCACGACUACCAGAGCAGCGUUGGUCCGCCGGGCUAUGAAAGCGUCGCAGGUGGGUCGGCGGCGUAUCAGCACAACCACUACCCGCGCGAAAAGUCGUAG